CUUUCAAAUCAGGAAGUGAAAACAAGAAAAAAAAAAAAUACGCAGCAGACAGCAGAAAGAUUUUAGACCACUAAGGAAAUACAAGAAGCACCCUGUAUUAUAAUUGUUUGCUCUUCCUAAGGCUCCGUCUAUUGAUCUUUUAUUGGAUAAUUAGUGUUGUUUAACCCGAGCAGAUGAACUUGACAGCUUUUUAUUCUACGAAGAACAACAAGUAGCUCGGAAGAAAGUGAAAGAGGAAAGCUAUCGGUGUGGGGGAGGUCGUUUCGCAACCACCUCCCUCAUUAUCUCCUGAUCACGGAAGAGCUGGGAACUUUUCUUCUAGGAGACAAGAAAGGCACGUAUAUUUGCAGAUAUGUCCAAAAGCAAUUCUGUUUGGAGUUAUGUGUCGAAAAUGCCUACAGAGCAUUUAAAAAAUGUGUAUGGAGAUUUUCCCCAGAAAGUGAGGCAGCAUCUCGGUGACUUGUUGGAGAGGCAGCCUUGGGAACAUAUGACUGGAACAGAUUCCUUUUGUGUUGAAACAACAAGUUCUUUAUUAAGUCAAAUAGUAGAAGAGCUGGAGAAGGCAGCAAUCAGUUGUAGCAGUGACGCAAGAUUGAUUCUUCAAUGGGCAGAAGAUUUUAAGAGAAUGUCACUGCAUGACCCAAACAGUACAAUACUGUUUUUCAAGACCAUUUGUAAAGGGGAAAUGGAACUCGUUUUAAAGCAGUAUCCACGUUUGUCUGCAAGUUUUCAGGCUAAGCAGGAAGAAAUGAUGUUUCAAUACCGUUGUAACAAGUUACAGCACAAAAUGAAGCAGAGUUCAGUGGCACAACAAAGCUUGAAGGUUGCACUAGAAAAUCUAAAAUUCCAUGGACAAGGUCAAGAUCUGUCAGCUCUUCAAAAGCAAUGGGUAAUGCUAUUUGAAGAAUCGUUCCAAUUCCUGGCCAACGUUCAGGAUCAAGCACUCAAAAUAACCAGCAUCUGGAAGAGGCGUCAACAGAUGUCAGGGAAUGGGGCUCCAUUUGACGAGAAUCUGCUGCCCCUGCAGGACAGGUUGGAAUUCAUCUUUGGCAUAUAUGAAGAGCUUAUUCGCAUGAUUAGAGAACUCAAUGAGGCAGGGCAGAGAGCAUUGCCAACCGAGUAUUUGGAAAAAAUAUCUGCUGGCUUUACAUCACUAAUUAAAAGCUCAUUUUUGGUUGACAAGCAGCCGCCUCAAGUUUUGAAGACACAGACCAAGUUUCAAUCCAGUGUCAACUUCAUGCUGGGGUCCAAAAUUCUUUCUGGUGCUAGCAAAUUGCCUGUCAUAAGAGCCAAUAUCGUUACUGAGAAAAAGGCACAAGACUUGUUGGUGGCACCUUCCAAUGAGCCAUUAAAUGAUAGUGCUGGAGAAAUAGAAAAUGGAAGAUCUGUUUUUGAGUUCACCCAAGCCACACGGACAUGUGGAGCUGUUUUUAAAAAUAUGUUGCUAAAGAAGAUAAAGCGAUGUGAGAGGAAGGGAUCUGAAUCAGUCACAGAGGAGAAAUGUGCAAUACUCUUCACAGCUGACAUUAACUUCAGUGGCUCCAUUCACGUCAUUCAGGCUUUAUCGUUACCACUUGUGGUAAUAGUGCAUGGCAAUCAAGAAAACAAUGCCGAGGCCACCAUUCUAUGGGACAAUGCCUUUUCUGAGAUCGGAAGACGCCCCUUCUAUGUGGAAGAGAAAGUGCCAUGGAAGAAGAUGUGCCAGACUCUGAAUAUGAAAUUUAUGGCUGAGGUGGGGACAAAGCAGGAACUGAACCCUAUUCAUUACCGCUUUCUUGCCCAGAAGAUCUUUGGUGACAAUGGUAGUUAUGAUGAUGUUAAAGACCGUAUGGUGUCCUGGACUCAGUUUAACAAGGAACCUCUUCGGGAAAGAAACUUUACAUUUUGGCAGUGGUUUGAUGGCGUUGUGGACCUCACAAAAAAGCAUUUAAAAGAUUACUGGUCUGAUGGAUUAAUAUUGGGAUUUGUCAGCAAGCAAUAUGUGCACACUAUUUUGGGCAAAGCACACAAUGGUACCUUCCUGCUACGAUUUAGUGACUCUGAGAUCGGGGGCAUCACAAUUGCACACAUUGUUCGUGGAGAUGAUGGUUCAGGACAGAUCCAAAACAUCCAACCUUUCACAGCGAAGGACCUACAGAUUCUGUCCUUGGGUGACCGCGUCAGGGAUUUGAAACAGCUAAAAUUUCUUUUUGAUAAAGGGGAAAAAGAUGCAGUCUUUGAGAAAUACUAUAAAAAAGUCUCCACCAGCGGUGCUGGGUACAAGAGAACAGUUAUUAUAUUAAAAGUACUAGGGGAUGAAAAUGAGUCAAAGCACAAUCCUUCUCCAAUGGAUGUAGGUGACCCUUUCUGUCCAUUAACAAAUUGUCGGCAAAAUCUGUCUCCGAUAUAUGGUUCACCUGUUGGAAGUCCCAUAUCAUCACAGAUUUGUAACUCAACACGCAUAUGCAGUUCUCCAGGUGAAUUGGUCCAGCCAUUUCUACCAAUGCCAGAUCAAGCACCUUUUAAUAGGUAUAUGCCAAGUCCUGCUUAUCCAGGAAUGGAGAACCCAAUAUGGCCCAGAGCUUUCUAUCAGGAGACUUAUCACCCAGACCUAUCACAGACCUAUCCUAGUGGAGCUGUAAUGAGUCCGCUUGACGAGGUAUUGGAUAUAAUAAGCAGCGAUGCCAGCCAAUCCAACUUUUCCCCUCAUACUCUGCUUCCAAUGGAUGAAGACCCUGGCUGGAGAAACUGAGUCUAUCAAGCUGCAAUCUAAACACUUACGAACUGAACCACCUUUUACCAUGUAUAUUCUGGGCCAAAAGAGCAGCUCUGGACCAAUCAUUUGUCAAGACAAUCGCAGUUGUAAAACUUUUAUACAGGAUUUGUUGAGACUUCAAUUACAGGCAUCCAUUGCUAAUGACACCAUGGUUACUGUUCCAGACAGAACUUGAUUUAUCAUGUAUGGCAGUGUAUAUAAUGACACAGCGUGAUGAACUAAAACUAAACUUCCACUGUCAGGAUCUUCAGCAUUACGUUCUGUGAAAUGAUUCAUCCAGCAAGUAGUUGGCUUUCGGAAUGCGUGAGAAUGAAUUCUGAGCCCACGCAGCUCAGCCUCCUACCUGCUCUGAGGCUUUCUGGCAUGCAGUGGGUUGGGUUUUACGGAUUCUGGCGCUGAGCGUAGGCAUCGCUACCAAGGCAGUCAGAUGUGACCUUUUCUAGGCCUUGUGUGGGAGGGCCAUCAAGCUACCGAAUUCUUCAGACCUUGGAAGCAUGUUUGUCACAGGGUCUGAUAUUACAAUAUUACUAAAUAAAAUAAACUACUACAUGAAUGUAUUGUUGAAGUGACAAUCAUACAGCAAUAUACUUGUGAAUGAUUUUGCUAAUGACCAAGCAGGACUGAGUGGGACAUAUUACAAGUAAUUAUCAGUACAUCAUCAUUGACAAAAAAGCGGCAUGUAUCGAUAAAGGAAAAUGUAUACGGUAUAUCAUUUAUAAACUUUUUCAUCUGAAGAA